CGAGCUCUGCUCCGUGCAGGUAAACUCUCUCUCACCUGCAGCCGACAGCUGAUGAUGAUCGAGACUGAAACGGUUCUAACAGGAAGAGAUAAAAAAGACAGGUGAGGACACCCAGGGACAGGUGAGGUUAUCCAGAGACAGGUGAGGACACCCGGGGACAGGUGAGGAGACCAGGUGAUCUCUCAGACCACCACAGAUUUUUCAUUCAUUUAAAACCUUUUGGGACUGAAGUUUGGACGUGGACAGAUGAUUGUUCUUUUUGUCUUCAAGGACGUAAAGAGGAAACGGUGUCCGGAUGUUUAAAGGAAGCAGAGAUUGUCCUAAAGAAGAAGAAACAGACCAUCGGAAAAACCAUGCUGUGUGAAUAAAGCAGGAAUCAAACCACAGCGCUGACGGUCCACAGGUGGGAUGCUGGCGUGUCGCCCCCUGCUGUUCACCUGGGUGCUGCUCGCGGUCCGAAGCCACACCUGGAGACCCUGCACAGACCUGCUGCCUCUGGACCUGCUGUCCAGAGUCCUACCACGCCCAGGAGAAGCCCCGCCCACACAGGUCCAGAUGGUUCAGUCUAGCGGGUCCAGAGGUCUCAGACUGACCAACGCCAUGGCGACAACCCUGAGCUUCCCCGCCUCCCAAAUCUUCACCAACUGUGACCAUUUUCCUGCCGAGUUCUCGCUGGUUGCCACCAUGAAGAUACCAAGACUGAGACAAAAGGCAAAUGAAUACAUCCUCUCUGUGGUGAAGGACGGAUCCGAUUUGCUGUUGCUGGGGUUACGGGUCUCAGAGGGCCGCCUCCAUCUCGUAACCACGCCUCCUGGGUUUGGUGGGCGGAGUCGGAUCAUUUUUAAGGACGUAGGAUUGGAUGAUAAUCGAUGGCAUACCAUGGUUCUGGCUGUCUCUGGACAAUACGCCACACUUAUCAUCGACUGUGGACUCCCUUUGGAGCUAAAACAGGUCCGGUCCUUCCCCAACACUCUGAACACCAGAGGGUCCAGGUUCUUCAUCGGCAGCAGGGGCCGGUGGAGGGGACGCUUCUCUGGUCUGCUCCGCCAGCUGGUGCUGCUUCCAGGCUCAGACGCCACUCCCAGACUCUGUCCCAACUCUGAACCUGGUCUGGCUGAGCUCUCUGUCCCAUGGGUCCUGAAGGCCACCCCCGUCCAGCCAGAACAGACAGGACUGGUUUAUCCGUACGAGGCCGAGGCCAGGGUGACUGCUGGGACUCAUCCUCCGUGUUCUGGGCCAGAACAGGGCCAGCUGUGGUUUGACGCUCAGGGAAGAAGCCUGUUCAUCUGUGAUGGGCUGACCUGGAGGACGCUGCUGCAGAAUAAAGAGCGUUUGGACUACAUGGAGGACUACCUGGACCUGUACACCCGCUCCGAAACCUUCGACAUUGAAGUCUUCUCCAUCCCAUCUGAAGGUCUCUUCAUGGCUGCAGCCAACAGGAACUCUCGGCUCGGUUCAGGUAUCUACAGAUGGAGAGAGGGUUCCUUCCAGCUGUUCCAAAACAUCAGCACCCAGGAGGCCCGAUCCUGGAAACACUUCACCAUCGACGACCAGAUUUUCCUGGUAGUGGCAAACGUCAGGGAAGCGGAGCCUGAGCUGUCGUUCGUCUACCGGUGGAAUUGGCGGCGGCGGCGUUUCCUCCGUUAUCAGACUCUGGAGACCCACGCUGCUCAGGACUGGGAGGCCUUUCAGAUCCACAACCACAACUUUCUGGUGGUAGCCAAUCACAGACGAGGCUCGGACCACAACAUCCACAGUGUCAUCUACAGGUGGAACCCAGACACAGAGUUAUUCGAGGUGAACCAGACCCUGUCCACGUCCGGAGCAUACGACUGGGAGUUCUUCUCCGUGGGACCGUACCACUUUCUGGUGGUGGCCAACACCUUCAACAACCAGACCACCACCAUCAGCUCCACCAUCUACAUCUGGCUGGAUGGAUGCUUCCGGACCUUCCAGAACAUUACAACGGUGGGAGCGACGGACUGGGAGGCGUUCCAGAUUGACGGCAGGUUCUUUCUCGCUGUCGCAAACAGUCAGAAGGUUUCCAGUCACGGCCCGAGUCUCUACAGCAUUAACUCCACUGUUUAUGAGCUCAACACACUAACCCAGACCUUCAUCCGCUUCCAAGACGUCCCCACCCACAGCGCUCUGGACUGGGAGUUCUUCACCGUUGGAGACGAGAACUUCCUGGUCGUAGCGAACUCUCACGACGGCACCUCCUACUCUCUGAACAGCAUGGUCUACAGGUGGCAGGGCUACGAGGGCUUUGUUCCGGUCCACAGUCUGCCCACUUUUGGCUGCAGGGACUGGGAACACUUCAGCACCACUGAAGGCGCCUUCCUCGUCUAUUCUAGUGCCACCUCCAGGCUCAGCAAGGUGUUCAAACUCAGGACGUACUGAAUCUAAGCGAACCAGCGUCAUGGACCUCAGGGUUUACAGGACUGAUUACGUCUCCCAGCCCCUGGUGGACCUGCUGAGCUUCGUCCACUUCAUCUGGACAACCUCAGAGGAAGAAAAUUUAUUAACAUAUGAAGCACUUUUCUAACAGAAUCUGAGUCACGUUAGACUGAUGAGGACCUUUGUCUUGCUGUAACCUGCUGCUGAUGGAAAUCACAUGUUGUCUGUCAGGUUUGAGGUUUCUGCUGUCCAAUCAGCUCACCUCAAGAGUGAUAAGCUGAUGGAGUGGAGAAAAAUCAGGUGUCGUGAUCCUGAGAAAUGAUGAACGCCUUUCAGCUUUUACUAAAGAAUCUAUACAGAGGCUGUUACAUGACAGAUGGCGUCUGAAACUGUGAACAUUGCCGCUUUGUUUCCUGUUUCAUCGCUGCUUUGUUUCCUGUUUCAUCGCUGCUUCGUUUCCUGUUUCAUCGCUGCUUCGUUUCCUGUUUCAUCGCUGCUUCGUUUCCUGUUUCAUCGCUGCUUCGUUUCCUGUUUCAUCGCUGCUUCUUUUCCUGUUUCAUCGCUGCUUCGUUUCCUGUUUCAUCGCUGCUUCGUUUCCUGUUUCAUCGCUGCUUCGUUUCCUGUUUCAUUGCUGCUUUGUUUCCUGUUUCAUCGCUGCUUCACUUCCUCCUUUAUUGGCUCAGAGUUUCAUUGACAGUUUGCAGUUUUAUAUAUAUAUAUAUAUACAAGUCAAAAUAUGACAAAAUGGAAAAUGUCAUAAAUAAGUGUACAACCAACACAUACCAAAAAUAAAGAGAAUAAAUAAACAACUAAACAAGUAUAUUUCCAUAAAAUACUAACUUUUAGUGGCACAAGAUUUUCUUUAGAAACUCUGAACUAUACUCUGAACUGGGUUCAUCUAAAUGCCAUCAUCAGCUGUAAACCUGGGCCAGUAUUCCUAAAGAUUCUGAGAAUCCUCUCAGAGAGCUCCUAACUUUCAAAAUUCUUAGCAAGGAGUCUUAGCGUAGGAAUAAUUCCAGAACAGUCUCAGAGAACUUUGAGCAAGGAACGGACAGAAACUGCUGUCUUGUGAGGAGGUGUGGUUGACCUUGUUGCUAGGUAUGAGUCAUCAUUUCAAAAGAUGUGAUUGGUUGAUCCUAAAAGCUAGGUAAACCUUUGGUGAAAAUGGGCAUAGAACCAUCAUAUUGUCAUGCCUGCUCCUCCUGUACCAGUACGCUCUGCUUCACCAGAAUUCUGAUCACCGGUUCUAGGACUUCAUCUCCCAGGACUCAUCUGUUCCAGCUCAUCGGACUUCACCUGCCUCUAUCCUCAUCAACCUAACAAGUCACACCUGUCCUCCGGCCUACUUAAACCCCUCAACACACCACAGAACUUUGUAUUGUCUUGUCACACCUUUGGUCUGUUAGAGGUGCCAUUAAAA